GCGGAACCCAUUGCGCGUUCUCGUUUCUUUUGUAGUGGUACCGCAUAUACGCAAAAAGGUACUCGAGGUGCAGUUUUUGUCGUUGUCGGGUACUCACUUGAUUAAGUUAAGUUUUUUUUUUUUUAUUUCAGGCUUGAGGUGCUUGAAGUUUAUUUAGAUCACCCUUCAUCAUGACUCAAUUGAUAAUUUCCACACCGCAAUGGUCGAAAUCUGAACCAGACUUGGCCGACUACGAAAAUGACGUGCUGAAAAAGCAACAGGCGCUACUAAAAAAAGAACUAGCGAAAAUUGCCGAACAAGAACUCAGAGAAACCGAACACUCCAAACAAGAAUGCUUGAGACAAUUCAAACUAUGGAUUGCUCAGAACGAGGACAUCAGAAAAUGUAUUUUAGAUGACAGCUUCCUCUUGCGCUUUCUCCGAGUGAAAAAGUUCAGCAUUCCAAUGGCUCAACAAACUCUUUUGAAAUAUCUCAAUUACAGAAAAAGAUUCCCACAUAUUUUUUUGGAAAUGGACUAUAGCGAAACGAAAGUUAACGAACUCAUUUCCAAUGGAUACAUUUAUGUCAGUCCUUUGAGAGACAAUAAAGGACGAAGAGUGGUAAUUUAUGAUCUAAGUAAAUUUGAUCCAAAAAAACAUACAGGCACAGACAUGGCCCGAGCUCACGCAAUAACCUACGAAACCCUUAUAUCAAACGAAGAAAAUCAGAUUUUAGGUUUGACUCAUGUCGCCGACAUAAGUGGAGUAAAUGCCUCAUUUCUAACAUUAUUCUCUGUUACCGAUUUUGCCGUUUUAAUCAGAUGGGGAGAACAAUCUUUUCCGAUGCGUCACAAAGAGAUUCAUAUUUUGAACAUGCCUCAAGCUCUCAAGUAUGUUUUUGAUUUUGCCAAGACUCAUAUGAGUCAGAAAUUGAAGGAACGGUUCAUGGUGCACGACUCUAUUCAAAACCUGUUCGAAAAACUCGACCCGAGAUGUUUGCCGAAAGAAAUGGAUGGUGGGGCGAUUUCUUCAAAAACCAUGAUCCAGGCCUGGCAAAACGAAUUGGACGACAAAAGAAAACGCUUACUGGCCAUCGACGAUAUCGAGCUGCUCAGCGACCGAGGCAUCAUUUGCUCGAAAAAUAAAGAAUUGAUGAACCAGCAACAGGCGAAUUUAGUAGGGAGUUUCCGGAAGCUCGAAGUCGAUUGAGAAUAUUUGAGGUUAGGUUUAGGGGGAAUUUUUAUAGGAAAAAAAUGACUGCGAUACAUUUUUAUUUUUAGUAGUAGUAGGUAUCAAUAAUGUACACAGUAGAAAAAGCAACGUUUUGACUUCCGGUCUUCAUCAGGGUAAAAUAUAAGUUUUUAUGUCAAACGAAAAGGAUUUAGGGCCGGUUUAUUCAUCCUCUGAUAAACUGUCAGCUAAUGCAAUCUGUAAUCCCAUUGGUCGGCCAAUUAUCCGUCGACCAAUAGAAUUAUAGAGCAGUAAACUUAUCUUGCAGAUAGUUACCAGCAAGUUUAUCUGAAGAUCAAUAAACCUGGUCUUGAAAGUAAAGUUAUUGUUAUUACCUACUAUUAAAAAGAAACCAAUAGAAUUAUAUUUCAGUGAUGUCAGAAUCUACAAACUUAUUGACGUCACUAAAAUAUAAUUCUAUUUAUUAUGAUUCAGAUUUUGAACCGUUUAUAUUGUAAUUAUUAAUAUUUUUUUUUGUGUAAUGGUUAUUAUAGCUAUCUUGCCUUAUUCUAAUUUUAUAGUAUAAGUUAAUAUAUUAUAUUUUAUUUGUUAAUAAAUAAUAAAUACUACAUUAAGAUUGCCGCUAGUAUCAUCACAUAAAUGUUUUAAUUAUUUUGCAUUGUAAAACAAUAAUUUACUAAGUUUAAUAUUAAGUUUUGUUUGAUUAAACAUUAUUUUUUUAAUUAAAA